AUGAAGAUGCGCGUGGUAACUAUCCUGUUAACACUCCGCGUCCGGUGCGGGACGAUAUCGUUCGGCUCCGCUUCUGUUCCCGCAGGUUCCUGAGUGAGCGCGUUACAACCAAGUCUCAGGGGAGCAGACUUUAGCUAAAUAUAUAUAUAUACACAUAUAUGUAUAUAUAUUUCUCCAUAAAUAUCUGUUUAUAUUUACAUACAUGGAGGGAUUCGCGUGGACAAGUUGCCGUAUCGGAGACAUUUACGCGCUGGAUCCACGUGCCUUGCAGCUCGGAACCACCGCAACUUUCUGAGGCUUUUUUUUUUUUAAAACAUUUUUUUAAUACUUUAUUUUUUUAUUAUUAUUAUUAUUUUUUUAAUUCUCCUCGAGGGGUUUGUGUGUGUGCGCGUGUGUGUGUAAUAAUGCACGCGGGCCGGCUGCCAACUGUCUGGGUCAGAGUGGCCAAGAACGCCGAUGGAUCGUUCCGGACAGGCUUCCCGCAUAGAGCUUCCUGUUGUGGGCUUACGGCUGAGAGCGACUCGGUGCGCCUGAUGGACCUCGGCGUUUCCUGCGAGCUGCUGACAUGAACCCAGGGGCCACUGAGACGCCGAGGCGCUCGCCAUCGGGAGGGAUCUGAGAGCCAGCCUCGUCGACCACAAGCCAAGGACGCCACCCCGUGGACUCGUUAUGGUGCGGCGUCGGACCCAGCGCCUCCUCCUCCUCGCCCCGUUGUAGCGCCCUCUUACCCUCCACCCCAUGUCACACCUCACCGCCGAAUUAUGGAAAUUUUGUGGAAGACGCUGACUUGGACUCUGAGCCUGGUGGUGAUGGCGGCUUCUGAAUUUCAAGGACUUUCGCACAACUCUCAAGAGGAGUUCCUGUCCUACCUGCAGCACUACCAGGUGACUGUCCCGGUGCGGGUGGACGAGAGCGGGGACUUCCUGAGCUACACUGUGAAGCACCACCGGCCGGGCCGGCGGAGACGCGGGGCGCCGGACCCCCUGGACCCGGAGCCCCCCCACCACAACCCCCGGCUCUUCUACAGACUGUCGGCCUACGGGAUGCACUUUCACCUCAACCUGACGCUCAACCCCCACCUGGUGUCCAAGCACUUCGCGGUGGAGUUCUGGGGGAGGGACGGCCUGGAGUGGCGCCACGGCGCGGUGGAUAACUGUCACUACGUCGGAUCCUUGCAGAACCAGGGCGGCGCCACCAGGGUGGCGCUCAGCAACUGCAAGGGCCUGCACGGUGUCAUAACAACAGAGGAGGAGCAGUAUUUGAUCGAGCCAUUAAGGAACAUCUCCUCCACCGCCUCCAGUGAAUGGAACCUGGAAGAAGCACAGCAACAUGUUAUUUAUAAAAUGUCUGCCAUUCCCUCACCACAAGAGCGUAGCCAGGAGCUCAGCUGUGGCAUUUCAGACCUCAUCAAAAGCAGCUCGCCCUGCCAGUUCAGCUCGCCGACCCCCCCGGCGGCGCCCCAAAACGACGGCGAGCACGCCAACGGCACCCGGCGCCAGAGGCGCUCCGUCAGCUCGGAGCGCUUCGUGGAGACGCUGGUGGUGGCGGACAAAAUGAUGGUCGGUUACCACGGACGCAAGGACAUCGAGCACUACAUCCUGUCCGUGAUGAACAUUGUUGCCAAACUUUACCGUGAUGCCAGUCUAGGGAAUGUUGUGAACAUUAUUGUGACCCGGCUGAUUGUUCUCACUGAGGAUCAGCCUAACCUUGAGAUCAACCACCAUGCCGACAAGUCUCUGGACAGUUUUUGCAAGUGGCAGAAGUCCAUCCGGUCUCAUCACGGCGACGGAAACAGCAUUCCUGAAAACGGGAUGGCUCACCAUGACAACGCCGUCCUGAUCACCCGGUACGACAUCUGCACCUACAAGAACAAGCCCUGUGGUACCUUAGGUUUGGCCUCAGUGGCUGGGAUGUGCGAGCCGGAGAGGAGUUGCAGCAUCAACGAAGACAUCGGCCUCGGUUCUGCCUUCACCAUCGCGCAUGAGAUUGGCCACAAUUUCGGGAUGAACCACGAUGGCAUCGGGAACUCCUGCGGCACAAAAGGCCACGAGACGGCCAAGCUGAUGGCCGCCCACAUCACGGCCAACACCAACCCGUUCUCCUGGUCGGCCUGCAGCAAGGACUACAUCACCAGCUUCCUCGACUCAGGUCGGGGGACGUGUCUGGACAAUGAACCUAUGAAACGAGACUUCCUGUACCCAACAGUGGCCCCGGGGCAGGUGUACGACGCGGACGAGCAGUGUCGCUUCCAGUACGGAACCUCCUCACGCCAGUGCAAGUAUGGGGAAGUGUGUAGAGAGCUCUGGUGCCUUAGCAAAAGCAACCGCUGUGUAACCAACAGUAUCCCUGCAGCCGAGGGGACUCUGUGCCAGACCGGCAGCAUCGAGAAAGGGUGGUGCUACCAGGGGGAUUGUGUGGCGUUCGGUACCUGGCCUCAGAGCGAGGACGGGGGCUGGGGGCCCUGGUCGACGUGGGGGGAGUGCAGCAGGACCUGUGGGGGCGGUGUGUCCUCCUCCAUGAGGCACUGUGACAGCCCAGCCCCGUCCGGAGGAGGGAAGUACUGCCUCGGCGAGAGGAAACGUUACAGAUCCUGUAACACCGACGCCUGUGCAGCAGGGUCGCGUGAUUUCCGUGAGAAGCAGUGCGCCGACUUUGACCUCAUGCCUUUCAGAGGGAAGUACUACAACUGGAAGCCGUACACCGGCGGUGGCGUUAAGCCCUGCGCGCUGAACUGCUUGGCCGAGGGCUACAACUUCUACACGGAGCGCUCCCCGGCCGUCGUGGACGGCACCCGAUGCCAGGCCGACUCGCUGGACAUCUGCAUCAACGGAGAGUGCAAGCACGUGGGCUGCGACAACGUCCUGAGCUCGGACGCCAAGGAGGAUCGAUGCCGCGUGUGCGGCGGCGACGGCAGCACCUGCGAGGCCACCGAGGGCCUCUUCAACGACUCGCUGCCCAGAGGAGGCUACAUGGAGGUGGUUCAGAUCCCAAAAGGAUCCGUUCACAUCGAGAUCAAAGAAGUCGCCAUGUCGAAGAAUUACAUUGCGCUGAAAUCCGAAGUGGAUGAUUACUACAUCAACGGAGCGUGGACCAUCGACUGGCCCAGGAAGUUCGACAUCGCAGGGACGGCCUUCCACUACAAGAGACCCUCCGAUGAGCCCGAGUCUUUGGAGGCGCUGGGCGCUACCACUGAAGUCCUGGUUGUCAUGGUCCUCCUUCAGGAGCAGAACCUGGGAAUACGCUACAAGUUCAACGUGCCCAUCCAGCGCACAGGAAGUGGUGACAACGAGGUGGGCUUCUCCUGGCACUACCAGCCCUGGUCUGAAUGCUCCGCUACCUGCGCUGGAGGCUCCCAGAAGCAGGAGGUGGUGUGUAAAAGGCUGGACGACAACUCGGUGGUCCAGAACAACUACUGUGACCCAGACAGCAAACCUCCAGAGAACCAGAGAGACUGCAACACUGAGCCGUGUCCUCCAGAGUGGUUCAUCGGCGACUGGUCGGAGUGCGGGAAGACGUGCGACGGCGGCAUGAGGACGAGGACGGUCCUGUGCAUCAGGAAGAUGGGUCCCGCCGAGGAGGAGACGUUGGAGGACACCCACUGUCUGACCCACCGGCCCAUCGAGCGCGAGGCCUGCAACAACCAGUCCUGCCCCCCCAAGUGGGUCACCCUGGACUGGUCCGAGUGCACGCCGAAGUGCGGCCCCGGCUUCAAGCACCGCAUCGCCCUGUGCAAGAGCAGCGACCUCGCCAAGACCUUCCCGCCCGCCCACUGCCCGAGCCACAACAAACCGCCUGUCCGGAUCCGCUGCAGCCUGGGCCGCUGCCCGCCUCCUCGCUGGAUCCCCGGUGAAUGGGGACAGUGCUCGGCCCAGUGCGGCCUCGGCCAGCAGAUGAGGACGGUGGCGUGCCUGUCCUACACCGGGCAGCCCUCCGCCGACUGCGCCGAGUCCCUCCGACCCGCCACCAUGCAGCAGUGCGAGAGCAAGUGCGACGCCACCCCGGUCUCCAACGGCGACGAGUGCAAAGAUGUGAACAAAGUGGCCUACUGCCCGCUGGUGCUCAAGUUCAAGUUCUGCAGCCGUGCGUACUUCAGGCAGAUGUGCUGCAGGACCUGCCAGGGACACUGACGCCUGCGAGAGCCCAGCACAGGCCCCGCCCAGCACAGGCCCCGCCCAGCACAGGCCCCGCCCACACAGACGGAGGGAAGCUGACGCAGCGCUGCGGAGGAGGAGUAGGAGGAGGAGAGAAGAAGAUGAAGAAGAAGAAAACCCUCUGGUCUUCCUGUCUAUCACCCCCCCCCCCGACGCUGACAGACAAACUGAUUUUAUCUCGUCACUUCUGUGAAGUGGAACUUGGAAGAUUUUCCCCCCGGUGGUGUUAUUUUUAUUAUAAUAAUAAUUAUCAAUAUCAUUGUUAGUCUUCCUCCGUGUUUGUUGUUUUUAAUGAAUCCAAAGUGCUGGACACGUCGCACAGGACGUUGCCCCCGGAGACGGAGGGGAGGACUCCUCGCUAGAAGACGAGUGUGUGUGCGUGUGUGUGCGUGUGUGUGUGUGUGUGUGUGUGUGUGUGUGUAGGGGGGGGGGGGUCUCCAGUCUUUGGGGCAGACAGACCUUUGGCUCGGUGCACUUUUCCCGUGUAAAUACUUUACUUAACUGCCAAUUUAUCGCUCUGGUCGGACAGAGAAACCCCAUCGCUGUACUGUAUAUUUAUUGUACAACUCCAGGCAGAGGGGGGUAUAGUCAGAUAGUGGCCCGCUGUCAUGGAGGGCAAUAUAAUGUGAGUGAAUUCAUGUCCAACCCCUCUGCGCUGGAAUGAAAUAUUACAUAGACAAACAUAGGCCGAACCCUUGUAUACUCUAUAUGAUGCAGAUCCAGGACCAGCAGAUGGUCACAGGAGGGUGCUUCGGGGGCCUUCGCUCCUGUCGCUGAAAUCAAAAGCAUGAGACACUCGACCAAACACUCUAUUGAAGGAUUCUAUUUUGAAGGAGCAUAUUCUACCCAGCAGUGUGUUCUUUGGAACCUCAGUGCAGUCGCUUUUUCUUUGUCUUUUAGGCUGCACGGUUAUAUUGUCCGAGGUUUUCAUAGUUCCUGCAUUCAUAAAGCUGAUGAUGGGGGUUAAAAGUAAUAGUAAAUAGUCUGCAUUUGCUUUCUUGUCCGAGAGUUUGACGAGAAUAAACCUCUGAACUGUAAAUACGAAGCUUUAGCCAGCAGGCUUAGCUUAGCAUAAAGACUGGCAACAGGUGGAAACAGCUAGCACGGCUGUGUUCAAGCAUGAAAAACAUCAUUCACUUUUCAUUUUUCAGAGUAGCUACGUGUUUAAGCUAAGCUAAGCUAAGCUAACCAUGCUGAGCGUAGUCUUUCAUUUGGACGACAAACACGAGCAGCAUCGUUCUAAUCCUCAGCGGGAAAAUGAAUACUCAUAUUUUCUAAAAUGCCUUAACUGUUCCUUUAAGUAAAGUGCUAAAUAUACACACACACAAUAUAAAUACGUUGGCUAAAGACCCCCCCCCCCCACCCCCCCUUCCCCUCAGCGGUGCUUUUCCUCCUGUUAUUUCCACGGAGGACUGUGUUUACCUCUCCUCUUCCUCCUCUUCCUCCCGCUCCGAGGGUUUCUGGUGCUAUCAAGUGGGUGCUUCCAUUCAACCCCCCCCAGUGGGCUUAGAAGUGAGCCUGGAUCCAAACAAUAUGAAAUAAUACCCUUGUUACUAUCUGUGUUGGUGAAUGCUGGUCAUGCUGUUGUUUUUGAUAUCGGUUUAUACCUCACACUGGCAACUUUUCAUUGUUAACCGCGUUUUUCCGCCGUCGGCGCCGCAAACAAAGUGGACGGCCGCCGGCCCGCCAGGCGACCCCCCCUCCCUGCAGGGGUCACCGGGGGGGGGGGGGGGGGGGAGCCGCGGGAGGAGUCCCCGAGAAACCCCGAGAGACGCUGAGGAGUGCGCGAGAAUCUCAUCCAAGCCGUUAACAAACUCAUUUCUGAUUUUUUGCUGCUGCUACUUUCAUAUUGUUUUUUGUAGCCACCUUGAGUUUGACCAUGUGACCCUUUCAUCGGCUGAGUGAGGACGGCGGUGCUGAGGACCGACGCGGCGCCUCCAGAGACAUAAAAUCACUCAAACCGGUACUCGUUGCUGUGAACUUGGAUGUUUGAAUGUCACAUUGUGCAAGAAUAAUGAAAAGCAUCAUGUGAUCAGUUGCGUAUAUUUUAUAUUCAGUAUUAAUGUUGGUACACUGUUACUCUUCUUUUUUCCAAAUGUAAAUUAUAUGCUAAUUUAUUG